AUGAUGUCAUCGCAGGUGUCCACCAUCAGCGCUGAUCGCAAGUUCAGGCAGCAGGAGAAAAGCGAGACGCUGGCGGGAGAGAGGAACCGACCGCCGCUCUCGCGCUCGACGCUGACAACGCGCCUCGCUCGACUGAAUGGAAGAGAUGAGGUCGCAUCGCCGCGAGAGAGAGAGGAGGUCGUCCUCGUCGCUCUUCCUGGCGCCUCUCCUCUUCUCCUCGCCGUCACACACUCAGGCCCUGCUCACGACGUGCUCACGAUCCCCUUCACGACCUGCUCACUCCUCUUCACGACCCCUUGGCACGCUCUCACGCUCACAACGACUCUCGCCGGCUCUUCUCCCUCGACCGCAUCAUCGCUCGCGAGAAAAAGCAGCACCGGCGACGACCCCUCACGACCCAGCGAGACCGGCAUUCACCCGCUCGCUCGCUCAGAAGCCUCUGAGACUCGCCCGCACUCGAUUCUUCGCGCGACUACGACCCAUUCCGGCGACCAGCCCUUCCUCGACCUCGCAGUCUUCGCUUCUUUCCGCCGCCCCGCGACUGGCAGUACUCGCCCGACCCGACAAAGGGCCAAGUCCGAGCGACAACUUCGGUCCAGCGCCCCGCAAGUGAGGAAAAGGUGA